CAAUCAGCUGUCGAUUUUUUGUCGAAGAUAAAUGAUUUGUGUUAUUAAUAUUUAACAAAAUGAUCCACUGUGUAUGAAAUAGUGUCGUUUUAGUGCGGUCUGUAUAAAAUUCAUCACGGUGGUGCUGGUGGCGGGUGGCGGCGUGUGCGGCGGGCGAUGGCGGUGGCUCGGCAGUGAGAGCGGGCGCGGCUCUGGGGCGCAGGCAUGCGGCGGCAUGGCGGGCGAGGCUGCGGGCACGUCGCGCGGCCUACGCGUCUACAAGAUCGUGGUGCUGGGCGACGGCGGGGUCGGCAAGUCUGCGGUCACGCUGCAGUUCGUCAGCCACAGCUUCUUGGACUACCAUGACCCGACUAUAGAGGAUUCUUACCAGCAACAGGCUGUUAUAGAUGGAGAACCAGCUCUGCUGGACAUACUGGACACAGCUGGACAGGUGGAGUUCACAGCGAUGCGCGAGCAGUACAUGCGGUGCGGCGAGGGGUUCGUGCUGUGCUACUCAGUGACGGACCGGCGCUCGUUCCGCGCGGCCGCCGAGUACCGCCGGCUGCUUGCGCAGGCGCGGCCCUCGGAGCGGCUGCCGCUCGUGCUCGUCGGGAACAAACUAGACUUGGCGCCCAGGUUUAGACAGGUAACGACAGAGGAAGGCAAGGCGUUGGCGACCCAGCUGGGAUGUCCCUUCUAUGAGACGUCGGCGGCGCUGCGACACUUCGUCGAUGACGCCUUCCACGCGCUCGUCAGGGAGAUACGACGGCUGGAGAGGCAAAGACAGUCAUCGAUAAUGGGCACUGGUAUAUCGACGAGCGGCGGACGUCGUCGCUGGCGGCGCUUGCGCAGCAUUUUCGCGCUCGUAUUCCGCCGCCGCCGCCGACACCACACCUCGCCCUAGCGCCGUACGACACCGCCAACAAGACACUGCACCACACUGUGAGUUGUAUUUAACAUCAUAACGCGUCGCUAGAAGGACAUAUGCGAGAUAUAACUGAAAGGCAUUACAUUUGUAAUUUGACUUUUAUUUCUCGGCGAUGAGAACUGAAAUAUGUUAGGAGUUAGAGGCAGGAAUUCUAUAUUAAUUGGGAUGUGAAAAAUACUUGUAAGGCAUGGAUACGGAGAUACCCUUCUAUUCAUUUAAGAUUUAUUCUGAUUGAAAAUAUUAGAUAUGUUAUUUUCUAAGACGGUAUUGAGAGUUUGCAAGUUUGACUUUCUUGUGUAUUCAAGCACAUUCGGCUUAUAAAUUAAGCCAAUGUAAAAGAAUGGUGAUAUAUUUAAACACUAAAUUCUCUAACAUUCUAAGACAAAACUUCUAAAUAUGGCAUUAUCAGCCAUGUGCCUCAGUUCUCGUAUUUUUUAAUCUAUAAAAAUCGUUACACAGUAUCCAGUUGUUGACCAUUGAGAAAUGAUAGCGAAAUGUAACUCCUCUGAUCUCUUACUUAAAGAUCUUAAUUGAAUGUCAGUAAUAGAUAUGUCGAGCGGGUAUCUUGAUAUUUGAAAAGUCGUCUUGACACUACCACUUAGAUUAAUGGAAUUGACUAAAAAAGUGGUCUCGAUGCUAAUCUCAAUAUGCCAAUAAUGAGUGUUCCUUAUUCUAAUACAAUGUAUGCCUUUUUUUUUACUUUCCUUUUUUCAAUGAUUUCUAUGUUUUUGUUUCGUGUUGGAUGCAACACUCUGAAUAAAUUGUCUGUAUGUGCUAAAGGUACUGAGUUAAAUAAUUAUUUUGUUUCAAGAAUUGGUAUGUCCGGGAAAUAAUAAAUUAUUUUUACACUAAUUAAUAAUUUGGAUUUAUAAACAUUUUUUAAUACCAUUAAAUUUUAUAUAUUGUCUUUAACAAUAAAGUCUGUAAUAAUGUUCCUUCUAUAUGUCAAUGUGUCAAAAAUAUAAAAAGGACAUCUUGUAUGACAUUAUAUUAGUUUCCAUUAAAAGCUCUAAGAGAAAUAUAAAGCCAGUUAUACUCAAAUUUAAGUAAUGGCUCAAAAAUAAAUAAUAUGGUCAAAGAGAAAAAAAAAAACAAAAAAAUAUAUUUACAGCAUACAAAAUGCCUAUAGUUGUAAUUCCCUCGUUCCUAAAGUUCUAUAAAAGUCUUCAAAAAUCUAUGGCUCACUAGAGUUAUACAUGUUUAAAAAAUAUCUGCAAAAAUAUUUUAAAUCUUACUAUAAUAAUCGUAGCGUUGUAUUUUAUUUAUACAGUUCAACUGCUUAUAGUUUUAAUGUUUGCUUCUAACAAUAAUUCAAGGAGACUUAAUCUCUGAAUUGAUUAGCACAAGAUUAAAAGAAGUUUGCAUAGUGGCUAACGAGGGCUGGCCUCUUCGAGUUGAAUGGAAUCAAGUCGCUAGUCUAUGAAACUGCGUUCAUUAAAAAUACAUUACACACUAGAUUCAGGGCACUUGGAUUCCGGUCUAGUCGACGCUAGCCUUGUGGUUCGCUUUGUUAUCCUGUCUCUUCACGGCAUAUCAAGCCAGUGCCUACUCCCGCUACCUCCACACAAUGGUUUUCAAAAGCUAUAUUUACAAUGUUUUUUGCUGCCAAGCACUACUGCGAGUUUAAAAUAGCGACCUCUACCAACAUAGCAUAAAGAUGGCUUUUGGUAACUUGCUAUUUUUGUAAUUUUUCAAAAGAUUUUCCUUACAUUAUUUGCUCAAUGAAAGUGAGUACUAGAAAUAAAUAACAAUUUUUAUGAGUCAUAUUGUGAAAUGGUGAGCAGCGAUGACAUUAAAUAUUAUGAAUUUAGUUCGCUUAAUCGCCACACUAUUGAGUUAGCCUUGAACAAAAGUAAAAUUAUAUAGGGAUACGAAUAUAAUUGGUUUACCUUUCCAUGACAGUAAAAAUGUGUUGUUAAAACUGUUAAUGGUUAAUACUAUAGAACCAUUAAUAAUUUAAAACUCAAAAGUAUUAGAUUGAUUGCCAUAUUUGAUGCAUUUAGUAUACCUGCCAUCGUGGCGCGCCAUCUUAACGAGUUUGCCAUAGUUCUACCUCUUAAAAGAUCCUAGUUAGGUAAAUUUGAAUUUAGAAUACAUAGCUUCCUAUUAUAUCCCCAAUUUGUAAGCCAGGCCUAUGUGUGUUUCUAUUAGGUUUAAUUAAAACCAUAGAGUUCAUAAUAUGUAUCAUAGACAAUGAAAUAUAAUGUGUAGUGUUGCGAACUCGAUGAGUCGAUUUUUUAUAUUUUUUUUUUUGAUGUUUUGAUCGUGCCUUUUAGAUUGUCCCCCAAUGUACUGAAAUGUACGCAAGUUUAUUUAGAUAAGUGGAGGAUGUACUUAAAUUAUUUUUUGACGGAACACCGAUGUGUUAUGAUGAUUUUAUUUUACGUGCCGUAAUGCCUUUUACAGAUUUAGUAAUUGUGUAUUAUAUAAUUUAAUACGUAAUAUGUAUGGGAACGCCUUAAGUUUUGGAUUUUUAAACGAAAUACUUGAUGUAUACACAAGAAUAUAAAGGCGACAGUAAGGCAAUCAAGAUUUUCCGAGAACAAAUGUAUAAACUUUCUAUUCAAAUAAAGGCAUGAAGGAACUAGAAGCGUAGUAAACCUUUUCUAAAACUUAUGUAUAACGGUCUUCACUAAUGUGAUAAAAUCUAACGUUAUCACUUUUCUUAGAAGUUUAAUUAAUUUUAUCAAGUAUGCAUUACGUAUUUAUGUAAAAUAUAAAGGCCUGAAACACAAAUGCUUAGAGCAGAUGUCUUCCGCGUAAAGGAACCCACGAAAGCAAUAAAUAUAUUUAGGAAAUUAUUUGGCAACUUGUAGUUAUAUACCAUAGUAUUUCAUUUAGAAUUUGAAUGUUUAGCUGUGUACAUUAUGUGGUUAUGUAGUUGUAUGUGGUUCGUGGUUUAUAGGGGACCUUGUAGGUAAACAAAUUCCAUGUAUUUUAUGCCAUAACUUCAUAUUAUUUACAACCAAAGCACAUUUUAUACAGGAUGGUUUACGUUGACGGUAUAUAAUUGUAACAAUCCUUUUUACCUUAAAGUACAAUUAAAAUAUAUAAGUGAGAUCUAUCGAGCUCUUCGUUUAAUCUGUGUGACAGAAACAGCAAUAAGUAUAUAAAAAAAUUAAAAAUAUAUUUAUAUUAAAUAUUAGUAUCUAAUGUAAUCGGUGUAUGUAAUGAGUAAAUACCCUUGUGCAGGAUAAUCAAGUUUAACAGAUAUUGCAAGUGAAAAAAAGUUUUUUUUCUUAAACUAUUGCGUUAUACGUUGAAUUUCCGUUUUUUUGCAAUUAGUACUUUUUUAAUUCUUAUAAUGAAACUGGUAUAUAAAUAUUUAAAUUGUUGAAAACCAAAUGUCAUACUGUUACACUUGAUUACAUUGCGCCUUAGUGAUGUGGGAAAAUGUUUGAAGUUGAUAUUGUAUUGUAAUAUUAGGUCGAUACGCACAAAUUUUAAUGUAGUGGUUAUCGUGUACGGUGUGUCUGCAGUUUCGGGGAUCAAUCACUUGUGUGAAUUAUUUUCAUGGGUUUAGAUAAUGGUAAAGGGAAUUGAUUUUGGGCGUUUGGCUAAGGUGUACAUGAAAUUGUAACAUUAAAUAUUCGAUACGAUAUCGAUAUACAGGCGAAUUGUAUGAAUUAUCGAAUGGAAGGCAAAUAAAAAAUAUGUCGAUAUUAAUUUAUUCUAAAGGCUAUAAAGCGAGCCGAAACCGACGCCAGUGCCUUUAACCGAAGGGCCAUCUUAAACUACAUUUACGAAUUGGCUUAUCUGCUUGUAGAGGGGAUAGAAUAAUAUAAGAGAUAUCGAUGUAAAACAGCUUAAUUGUUUAUUUGAAUGUUGGGCAGGUAAAGUAAUAUAUUUAUAGUAAAGGAAAAGGCAGAAUGUUUCAAAGUUAUACCAGAACAUUCAUUGUUUUUUUUUAAACGGUCGUUAAAAAUACUGGCCACUCUACACACACAUAUUUAGAAUAAAAAAAAAAAUUGUGGAAUGGCACCACAUUCCAAACUUGAAAAUAAUCAUAAUCAAGUAAUUUGUCCACGAAACCCAUAAAGCUGGGUACAGCUGAGUUCCAAUACCCCAGUGCAAUAAGACAGUGUCAAAAUAGGAUAUAUUUUGUCGUAUUAAAAGUAUUCAUAAGCGAAUUGAGCUUUGCGGCACUGCCGGCGUCGACGCCUUUACAUUAUGUAAAGAGAGAAGUCUUUAUGUCUUCUGAUUAAUUUAUUAAUCCGUGGUUAUUCGGAUACACUAAGCCAUCUUUUUUUAAUUUUAAAGCGAUAUAUUUGGAAUAGUAUGCUUAAGGUUUGUCUGAUACUUGUUCAAAUUGGGCAUUACUGGGCAUUUUAAAACAUAACAUCAUGUCUCAGGUUGACGAGCGCAGUGAAGUGCCGCGCAGUACUUUGUAUUUCAAAGUUCUGUAUGGUGUUACUACUGUUUAUACUGUGGUCAUAUUGCUUACAGCAGGUGAACGGUUCAUCUUCUCAUUCACUGCAAUAAAAAAUCCAAGGUUUAAAGGGCUUUUGUUUAUAUGAAAUAAGGUACAUUUUACAAUGCGGAUAACAAUAAAAUGGAAUUAGUGUAUCCGAAUAUAUACUUAAAACACACAGUGAAUAUGAAAUAUAAUAUAAUAUUUAUAUAUAUUGAACUUAAAUAUGUUUGAUGACUUAUUAAGGCACUAUUUUUAAUCUAGGUUCUAAUUCUAGUCAUUAUUGUUUUGUACAGUUAUAGAUUUUUUUUGUGUCUUACGUUGUGAUUGGUGAAAAUAUUUUUUCUUCUAUAUGUUGUACGUUAUGUAAAACUAAAAUUUUGUUCAUAAGACUAUCGCUCGAUGUUUAUCCUUACUGUUGGAUUAAUGUAUUAGUAUUAUGUGGGAAGUAUUUGCAAUUGAUACUGUAAAGACUACCAGAUGAGGUGUGCAAAAAUGUCCCUAAAAUUUUUUAGAUAUAAAUUUUAUCAAAGAUGAUAAUGGAGCAGUCACACUGAUUUAUACCAAUACAAAUAGUAUAAAAAAUGCAUUUUGUGUCCUGCUCCCACUAUGUCAUCAUCAUCAUCUGCCUUUGAAAGUCCACUGUUGAACUCCCGCCCCUAAAGAUUCCAAGACUAACCUGUCAAAAUCAGCUGUUAUAUAAUGCCGUGGCCUAAACAAUUUCGAUUGCAUAUAUUUUUUAUAACACCAAUACUUGAACGCCCAACAGUUUUUUGUUAGUGUAAGGUAUAAGAUCUUUUACCAAUAGGCGGAUAGUAAACAAUGUUUAACGUAGUGGUUAUUAGUGUUAUGGAACAAAUCCUCGUUGUUUAUUAAUAAUGAUUUGAAUAUUUACUGUGGCCUAAUUUGUCUCAAGUAGUGUAGGUUUUGUUUGAGGCGGUUGUAGGCGUGUUGCAGUGCGGGGAAUGGGAUAAUGAUCUUGAAUGUAUUGGAAUAUAGUGAAGAUUUGUUUUUAUAGAUAAUAAUAUGUAAAAGUUGAUGAAAUGAUAUGGGCAGGUGAUUACAAUGAGUCAGUCUCGCCUCGAGAUUAAUAAUGGCAGAAUGUACGAAAUACGCUUGUUUUUAUGUAAUUGUGAAGUUAAUGGAUUUCGAUUUUUUUUUAUAUUCGAAUAUAUUGCACCACGAAUGAAGUCUAUUAUUUAUUUUAUUGUGUUAAAAUUAUGCUUUCAAUUAUAAAUUAAUCUCGGGAACUUUUAUCAUUGAAACAAUUACACAACACGUUAAAAAUAGAAAAUAUUUAAUACAUGAGAUAAAUGUGUGGUCUUGGCAAAUCCUCCUCGCACUGUGGACACGCGCCUUUGUAAUUUCGUUAAAAAUCCAACGCACGAAUUAGUGUACCUUGAUAGUUCGUUGCCAGUAGUCAGUAUGUUAUAGAAAUUGACGCUUAAAAAAUUGUAUUUAAAUUUUAAUAUUUAAUUAACAUAUUCCAUAGUUUAGUGAGUUAUUUAAGAGUAUAUUAUACCCAGCGUAGGUGAUUUGAACAAUAAUGCAAAGAUUUAUGAAAAUUAUUAAAAUGAAAAAAAUAUUUCGUGUUUUUAUGUACAAAUGAGAUGAAAUAAAUUUUAUAUGUUAUAUAAUUGUAUAAAUUGUUGUAAUUUUCGUUCGUUCGAUAUAUUUAUAAAUACAUGAUGUACCUAUUUUGUUAAUUGUAAUAAUUUAUAACACCAAAUAGUACCUUCGUAUUUGUAAUGUAUUUUAUGGAAACAUGUAAGCGAUGUGUAGAGGUUUUGUUGAAUAAAUGUCAUGUUUCGAAUGUU